AUGAUGAACGGAAGUACAGAUAAUCCCAUUGAACAAACUAACUGCUCCCUACACACAUGGUGGCAUGAGGAGAAACUAACGGACUGUCCUGACAAUCUCCGUGAGUCCAUCGACUGGUUGAUCCAGGUUAGGUAUGGGAAUGGUGAGGGUGGUAAGGGUCUUACCAAGUUGUCUCAAGCUUUGAAAAAGUUGAUUGAGGAGGCUAUAAGUAAUGCUUUUUAUAGCCUAUGUCCUGAUGAAAAAGGUACUUCUACCCCUCCCUCUACUCCAUCUCCCUCAUCUGGUGUCUCUCCAUCAUCUCCCUCAUCCACUGGUUGGACUACGAAAAUUAGUGACAAAAUUCAGGAGCUUAAUAAGCAAAAAGAUGAACUUGAAAAGCGUAAAAAUGCCAAUAAUGGUUACCUCACUGAAAAAGAUUCCAAGUCCCUUGACUCCCUUCCUACCCAGGUGGCGUCUCUUGAGACUGUGCAGAAGCUUGCUGAAUUUGCUGAUCAACUUGACACUAAUAAACGUAAUCAUAAUAACAUCCUUAACAACCUCUGUGUCGGCCUCGAGACUUUCCUCGGCUUCAACUCUACUUCCAACGGCUACGACGGCAGUGGGAUUGUGUACUCCGACCUGGACAGGCUGUGUGACGGGGUGAUGGGAUUUUUGAGUGGCGUGCUUGAAGCGGUGAAAAACGAAAAUGAAGUGACAACUUAUGAUAAUAAUCUUCAAACAAACCUUCAAACAGUACUAAAAGAGGUAAAUAAACAAAUUGGCUCCGGGCGUGCUGGGCUUGCGGAGUCUGUCGACGCGGUGAAGGAGUGGUUGGAGGGGUAUGGAGAGGAAGUUGGCAAGAAGACAAAUGCAGUGACAAACUCUAUAACAACGUUAAGCAAUAACUUAAUUGGUGGUUAUACAGAAAUUGUGAAAUCGAAGAAUGUCGAUAACCUGAAAUCUCAGCUGGAAGGUUGGAGGGAUACGGUUGAAACGAUAUCAAAUGAGGUUAGUAGAAUCAAUGAUGAAAGAAUUAGUGAGUUGGAUGACGCACUGAAGAGCAGAAUAAAUAAUGAAAUGAACGUCAUUGUAGGAGCUGCGAAAGCUUUAAAGGCAUCGUCUAUGGAUGGGACGUUGCAGGGUCAGGCAAUAUAUGUGGACGAGGCACUGAAACAACAAGAAAGUGAUAUACGUAAAAAAAUUCAGGAUGGCUGUGAGUGGUUGCGAAAGACCAUGAGAGCUGAGCUUUUCAGCAUGCGCAAGAGUGUCACGGUUUUAGAAGUAAGAAGCAUCAAUCAUAUUAGGGACAUUAAUGAUUGCUUGAAGAAGGCAAGAGAAUCAUUAGACAGUGCAUUGGGAAAUUCCGGUAGCACACGAAAUGAAAUUCAUAAUAUGUUCACAAAGAUCAAAGAUUCAUUAAAGGACGUCGAUCCUGCAAAAAGUCGCAGUAAGCAGUCUGAGUUACGAGAUCAAGUUCAGAUGAUCAAACUGGCGGUUGAAAAUGUUGAUGAUACAAUGCAUAAGCAUGUUCACGAGAUAUACAAGUGGAUGAAAGACACCAAUAAGAUUAUUGAUGACGUAAAACGAACAGACCUGCAAAGUCUUUUCGAUGAAGUUGAUAAUCCGAAUAAGUGUGAGAGAAAGAAAGCAAUUGACGACGCUGCAGAGCAGAUUGAGAAAAAAACAGGUACAUUCAAUGAGCAAUUUAUGGCGGUAAAAGGACGACUAGAUGAAGAGAUCGCCAAAGUGAAAGGGGCAGAUGGGCUGACUGGGCCCUUAAAACAACUUAGCGAGCUACACAACAAAAUUAACGUACCGAAUGAUGCGAGUGAAUUUCAAAAAGAUGCUUGGCAAUUAGAUAGUCGGGCCCUUAAAAACACGCUUAAGAGUAAUGUUACAAAUUACAUUAUGGGUUAUGUGGAAAAAGUUCGAAGAAAAGUUGGAAGUAUAAAAGGCCUCUCGAACGAUGUGGGCCUACAAGGAAUGAAGAAAAACGUUUGGCAGUAUGCUCAGAAAUUCAGCAACAAGAACGAUUUCACGAAUACGGUAUUGAAUGAUUGGAUUGCAGAUAUUUUGAAACACAAUGCUGAAGUCAUGCGACUUCUUAAGAAGUAUGUGGAGGAUGAGAAGCAAAGUGGCACAGCCAGAAAUAAAUUAAAAAGCAGUAACCUGGAGCAUCUAAUCAGCGGAGAGGAUUCAGCACUGCAUAAGCCAAUUAAAGAUACAAUUACUAAACACCUUCAGGCGUAUGCCUACGGCGGGCAUGAAUUGACAUUUCCAGGUAGAACAACGCAAAAUAUUGUGGGAGAUUUGCAAGCUGUUAGGAGUAUAUGUGAAGCCUUUGCUAAAAGCCUUAAUGCUAAUAUUGAAAACGGCGUUGGUAGCGUUGCGAAUGACAUUGUCCGGGCGAUAGACACACCUGGGACGUGGGGAAUUAGCAGCUCUGAUACAUUCCCCAAUUUCUAUCUCAAUCGCGCCGUCGAGCAAACACUGGUGGCUCUUUCGUCCGCCGCUAGUGAAGCAGCAAACGAGCUAGGAGCGAUACUCCAAAAGUGCAAUAUUGGCAACGUGGACGUCGCUUUGCAGACAACGGAAGAUCUAUUAGUAGAUCUCCAUAAAGCUUUACAACGCGGUGCUGCAGCCCACGUUGGAGCUUCAUUGCAUUCCGUUGGAAAGGAUGCUGAAAUUGACGACAAGCUUGAUGAUGCAAUUGCAACGGAGGUUGAGAGAUCGGAAGUUCAAUCCCAACUUGGAGAACUCCUCCAAAACGCUGUCAAGAAAGGUAUUGCGGUGCUGAACGAUAGGAUACAGAAUGAAGUUGUUAGCAAACUUAACAGCGUCGACGGUGCUGUUGGCAAUUCUAUCUUGGAUGCUUCCGCUGCUCGACAAGCAAUCUUAGGUGGAGCUGAGCUGGUAAGGACCAAACUUGCUGAAUUGUGUAGAACGAUUAGGGAAGCCGGUAAAACUGUUCAGCUGCAGUUCGAUCAUUUGAAAAAUGAUAAGAUCGAGAAUGAACUUGCUGAAAUCAAGAGCAGCAUCGCAUCGCUACGAAGCACCAAUGUGACACGCGUCACCACUAAUAUCCAAGUCGUUCUUACCAAAAUUGAGGAGCUCGACAAAGUGCCUGGAGCGGUUGACAAAUGUCGUGAUGACGCGGAAAGGCUUAUGCAUCAGCUGUACAAUGAUCUCUUCGACAAACUCAAUACAAUUGGCGUUACCGCUGCUAAAGCUGAUGACUCUAUAAAUGAGGCUAUACAAGCCGUCCUAGUCACCCUGGAAACGUCACUUAGGACAUUGGAUAGCGACAUAGAAACACUCAAAACCCAACUUAUUGAACAAGUCACAUCAUCAUUCGCCAUCCUCACUGGAGGUGUUCGAAAGCUGUUCACUGCCGAACGGCAUGCUGAUCUGCGAGGUUUGGAAAUGCUAGUAGAAACGCAGCAUUUGGAGAUCCAGAAGAUAAUUGACAAUGACAAAGCUACCGGAUUGAAAGGAAUGCUGAAGACGUUGAGUGGUGUUCCCGCCAAUUUCAAAGGCUCUGUGUCCGACAAAAAUAAUCUGCUCAGUCAGCUUGAAAAAGCUGUGCCUAAGAAAGACCCGCCAACUAAGGGGGAUUUCACUGCGCUUGUGCAACACGUCCGUGCCUAUCUCACUCCUCUCGUAGUCUACAAUAAAGACGAAAUCAAAAGACUUCUCGCUUCCCCUUCUCCCUCCGCCGACUACUCCCCUCAACUCAAGUCCAUUUUCGACAAACUCGUCGAACUUCUUAAUCACCUCGAAAAAGACAAGUUAUAUAACUACGACCAUAAUUUUGUCAAUUCACUCACCUCCCUCAACUCUCUUUCCGGCCUCUCAGCCUUCACCGAGCAACUCGGCCACGCGUACGUGAACAGGUACUCUGGUCAAAAAUACACUGCGUUAACUGUUACUAAAACCGUUAAGGAGCCUUCAAAAACAGGUGAAUCCGGUAGUAAAGUCACCACCAAAACUGUUACCGAUUUAACCCCUGAGGGCCGCAACUGCGCCAAGGUCUGCCUGACGAUAGUGGAGAUGGUGAGUGAGGACCUCAAGUAUUUGAGGGAGCAAUGUGAUUCGAAAUGGUCUACAAGUAGAAUAUGUUCGAGUAGAAGUCUCGGUGCUUUUAUGCAGAAAUGCGGUUACCGUGUUGCAAUUAAGGACGCCGAACAGAACGGUGAGCUGCAGAAUAAGGGUACAAUGACGGGCCUCGAAAUUCAUAGAAAACUGGUUGGAGAUAGCCAUACAUAUGUUUACAACAAGGGUAAAGAUACCAAAAACGCGCUAGAAAAUUUUCACAGCUACCUCAACCUUUAUUACGAUGUCUGCCACAUCGCCGCUUCCUUGUCGACUCGACGCCCAUGUUCCAUCUCGGAAAUUCUGAUUUGGCUUACGAGUCUCCGUCACAAUCCCGUAUAUUUCAACUUGAUAACAGACAGUUUCAGUGAUUUGUUUGACAAGCGUGAGAAGAAGAAGGCUGCUGUUGCUGACGACGAUUUCAUUGAAGUCGAAGACUUCACUGAACUAUCCUUGGCAGCCUACCCACAGAACCUCACGCCUAGUGAUCUACAUGACGCAGUUAUGCACGUCACGUCACUCGCUCCAGUCAUACUGACUACCAUCGUCGGUUUCGGUGAUGAGUACACAACCUACGCCGUUGACUACCACAGUAACGCCGCUGGAUUUGCCAUCCCCUCAUCGCCUUCGUCAUGUCUCAGCAUGUUGCUUGAGUUGAUGCGUCGACUGUUCCCCGUGUUCAGAUUCCUGCACAGCCGCUGUAGCAACCUGGCAUCGGAGUACGGUUGGUAUCAUUGCGCCUAUGGCAGCGACGUCGAGUCCGCCGGUUGGCAAUGCAAGGACCACUCGAAAACUGAUGUCGACUGCCGUCCCAGAUCACCGCUCAUGUCAUAUCUCCGUGACUCCCUUCCCGGCCACUUGCCUCACCAACUGACCAGCGUUGACUGUAAAUCGGAAUGUAAGACGUGCCCCAAAUCUACACCCGGGAUGCCAUGUAUCACUCCACUUGGGUUCAAGGGUUUCUCGGGAAGCAAAAGGACAGGUAAAGACAUAAGCAACGUGCUAACCAAAUUCUUCGACAAAGGCGUCGCUUCAUGCCUGCUUUCCCUGUCGCCCAGACCCCCAAGCAGCUUGCCGGAACACUAUGCGUUCGCGUUGUCCUUUGUGAAAGGAUGGUCGCAUAAUGGCGGUAAUGGACUGCAAGAUGCCAUCAACAAAUCCAUUAAAAGCGUGUCUAUGGAGCUACGUGAAUCGCCAAACGAGGUAACUGAUGCGCUACGCAAUGCUUACGGUGAUGCACGGGGUACUCAUAAUACUGGCCGUCAUCCCGAACCUAAAAACGCUGCUGUAUCAAGCUUGUCAAUCAGUACUAGAUGCAGAGGCGCAAAUCACUGCGGGCCUUAUCUGUCCACUCUUUACUCGGACACAUAUCCUUACUUCGGCAACAAACACUGCAACGCAUACAUGUCGUGGUCUGUUUAUUUGCCGUGGACGUUUUGGCAGCAACUCAACAGUUUGUAUGACGCAUUCUUACAGAUAUUCUGCCAAGACUGGGGAUGCACUGGCUGCUUGAGAGGAGACACCUGCAAAAAAGGGGCGCACGGUAUGCUCAACCCAGACGUCCCUGGCGACGGAUGCAAAUGCCAGUCGAUCGUUGGAUGCAAGGGAGUUGGUCCUACAUUAUACCAAUAUGGUUUCACAUUCCAAGAUGUACAUUGUCUGAUAUCCAACGAAACGAAAUGCUUUAACCUGCGCAAUCAGUUGUGUAGUGUCCUUAACUCGCAGUACUUCAAAGACCUCUUCGAAAAAUGUGAUGAGUUCCUCUGGAUCAUCAGGCAACCCUUUUCCUACCUGGUCCUCACCCUCUGGCUCCUCUCUGUGUUGUACCUCAUCCACAUCAUGGUCAUCCGCCUCGACCUGCUCCACAUCAAAUCGCAUUUACAUAGUCCGUCAAGUCAUAGGAUUGCCGCUCAAUCACUGCUCGCUGCUGCACGUGUUAACAAGCUUAACAGAGUGUUUUACCUGCAACCUUGA